GCCGGGCGCACCGUGAGAGCCGGGAGGUGCGGGCGCGCGGGGCGCGGGGGGCGCAGGUGGUGCCGGCGCCGGGGUCACGGCAGGGAAGCUGCUUUCUAUAGAUUCACUGCAAAGCUGUGAUUGCCUAGAGGUGGCCAGAGGAGAGAAGGCGGUCCCCGGGAGUGAUUCUUGACGAAGGGAACCAUCACUUUUGGUAAACAAACCAAACCCAGAAUGUGAAAGUGUUGAAUGUCAUAUGCUGACAGCUCUUAGGAACAAACGUCCUCUUGGAAUCUACCCUGUGGCUUAGCUUUCAAACCAGAGGUUCCUCUUACCAAGGAAAAAAUGGCCAACGUGAAGAUGAUGUUGCUGUGUCUUUCACUGGUGGUUCUGGGAGCCCUCUGUUUGUAUUUGAGCAUGUACACUCUGAUUCCUUUUAAAGAAGGGCCGUUUGUUUUCAAGAGAAGGCAGGAGAACUUCCUUCAGCUCCCAGAUGUGGACUGUGGGCAGAAUCCUCCCUUCCUUGUCCUCCUGGUGACUUCAUCCCAGGAACAGACAUUGGCUCGCACGGUCAUCCGGAACACGUGGGGACAAGAAAAGAUUGUGAAAGGAAAACGAAUAAAGACGCUCUUCCUCUUGGGAACCACCACCAGUAAGGCCACAUCGAAAGCGGUGGCCCACGAAGGCCGGCAAUAUCGAGAUAUCAUCCAGAAGGACUUUCUGGAUGUUUAUUUCAAUUUAACUCUGAAGACCAUGAUGGGUAUAGAGUGGAUCCACCGCUUCUGUCCUCAGGCAGCUUUUGUGAUGAAAACAGACUCUGACAUGUUUAUCAACAUCUACUAUUUGACUGAGCUGCUUCUGAAGAAAAACAGAACAACUCGGUUUUUUACUGGCUUCUUAAAAAUGCACGACUACCCGAUUAGGAUGAAGCAGAGUAAGUGGUUUGUCAGUAAAUACGAGUAUCCGUGGGACAGGUACCCACCUUUUUGCUCGGGCACCGCCUACGUGUUUUCUGGCGAUGUUGCACGUCAGGUGUAUGAAGUUUCUGAGACUGUUCCGUUCCUUAAACUGGAAGAUGUCUUUGUGGGGCUCUGCCUCGCAAAACUGAAGAUCAAACCGGAGGAGCUCCACUCUGAGCAGACCUUUUUCCCAGGUGGGUUAAGCUUUUCCACAUGCCGUUUUAGGAAGAUCGUGGCCUCCCAUUUUGUCAAGCCUAACGAUAUGCUGAUCUAUUGGCAUGCUCUGGAAAGUUCCCUGGGAGAAGAGUGUCCAGCUGUCUGAGGGGAGCCCAGUGGCACAUCUGGACACACUCCACGACCCACGCGUGAUAGUUUUUGAAAGAUCGUCGGAUGGCACCGCUGGGGAUCAUCAGUGGGGAGGGAGAGAGUGAGGAAGGAAGAGGGAGAAGAUUGAGAGUGAUGCCCUGUGGCAUUCCAAAUCUAAACUAGGACGUAAGCUUCAUUGGAAGCGCUGGAUGAUUCCCACUUGAUGCCUGAGCAAUAAUAGAUACCAUCGCUUGAGGACACUGUGGCACUGAAUGCUCGAUGGAUGCCUUCCUUUUCCCAUUUCAGAGAUCCGUCUCCAUCUGAAGGGGUGAGUGUGACCAUCCCUAUUUUAUGCAGGAGGAAACGUAGCUUAGAGAGGUGCGGGAACUCAUCCCAAGGCUCACAGC